GAAGGAAGGUGCCAAGACAUAGAACUUGCACUAUUAAGAGUCAGAAUUGUUUCUGUGAAAGGAGAGRUGAUUGAUCAUGCUUCUGGAAGAGGUAUUGUCAAGCUUAUUUACCCAGUGGAAUCAGACAUGUUCUAGAUGUGUUCUGGCAAAUAAUAGCAGUAAUCCAUGAGAAAAAAAGCAGACUAUUGCAAACUAAACAACUAAACCAACAAGUGUGCCAGUUUACCUCAUCUGCUGAGCAGUCAUUUGGUAGAAUGGCCCAGGAGUUCUUCUACCUGCCCUCUGUAGCUGAAAUGUUUUUUAGAAAACAAAUGGUAAUUAAAUGAAGCUUGGACUGGGUUUGAGACUGUUAUUCUUGAGCUGCCAUUUAGUGGAAGGCGAGACUUUAGGGUAAUCUGUGUGUUAGGAAUGAUGGCCUGCUGGGCAAAGCUGGGGGUAGCAAUCAGGAGACUGAUUAUGUUGUCCCUGUCAUUUGUCCUCUGUGUCCUCAAGCAGCUGAACUCAAACCUCAGUUUCCCCUCAGUAUAAGAGGUAUAUUUCUCUGCUUUUCUCAGGGUAGUGAGGAUAAAGUACAGUGAGAGAUUGCAAGGCACUGGAAGUGUUCUGUGCAUUAAAGACUUAAGUGAGGCUUGGUUGAAUCUUUGUGGUACAGAUUUGACUUCAGGAGGAUGCCUUGUGGAAGGGAACAGAAUCAACUGAAAAUGUCUCAGAAUCCUGACAAGCUGAAUUCAAGUGAAGAAAAGUUGAGUGGUUUGGAGGAUGAUCAGGAGGAGAACUUGGACAACUCGGAUCAACCUGUCCGAAAAAGAAUACAACAGAGUGCUCCAGGGUCACAAAGGGAUGAUACACCCAAGUCCAGUCCUUCUCGGCCUGUGUCAAUAGAAGAGCUCAUGGAGACAGCAAAGGGAGUCACCAACAUGGCACUGGCACACGAAAUUGUGGUGAAUGGAGACUUCCAGAUAAAGCCAGCUGAGCUGCCAGAACACAGCUUAGAAAAGAAAGUCAGAGAUAUUGUCCAUAAAGCUUUCUGGGAUUGUCUGGAAGCUCAGCUAAAGGAAGACCCCCCGACAUAUGAUCAUGCAAUUAAGCUAUUGGGAGAAAUUAAAGAGAGUCUUCUGUCCUUUUUGUUGCCUGGCCAUACUAGACUGAGAAGCCAGAUUACAGAGGUUCUUGACCUGGAUUUGAUAAAACAGGAGGCAGAGAAUGGGGCCCUUGACAUUUCUAAAUUGGUCAAAUUUGUUAUUGGGAUGAUGGGGACUCUCUGUGCUCCAGCUCGAGAUGAAGACAUUAAGAAACUGAAAGAUAUCCAUGAAAUAGUUCCUCUUUUCAGAGCAAUUUUCUCUGUAUUAGACCUAAUGAAAAUGGAUAUGGCAAACUUCGCUGUCAGUAGUAUUAGGCCAAAAUUAAUGCAGCAGUCUGCUGAAUAUGAAAGAAAGAAGUUUCAGGAGUUUCUUGAGAAACAGCCAAAUUCUUUAGACCUUGCCACAAAGUGGUUGCAAGAAGCAGCUGAUGAUCUUGCAAAGCUGGGACAUGAACCGUUGCCUCCCCGCUGCAGUGAUGGUGCCACUGGUGGAGCUUCCACCUUGUGCUUCACUGCUGUACAAAACCAGGCCUAUCUGAAGCUCCUAAAAUGGGAUCAUGUGAACAGGCCUUUUCCAGAAACGGUGCUCAUGGACCAGACACGCUUCCUGGAAAUCCAGCUGGAGCUGGAGCAGCUCCUUUUGGUUGGGACAGUGCUGCUGGUCACCUUCAGUGCAGCAGGCCCAGCACUCAUUGAUGUGCCUGGAUUCGCUGAGAAAAUCAAAACUAUYGUCAAGGUGCUGCUGACAGGAAUGCAUCUUCCCUCCUUUAACAUGAAGGAAUCCCUGGCCACCGUGGGUGAGAAGGUGUGUGCUGAGAUGAACAGCUGCCUUUCCCAGCACGGCUUUACCCCAUUCUCAGCUGAGAAAGAAGCAGUGCUGAAGGGACAGAUCCAGGCAGUGGCCAGCCCAGAUAACUCCAUAUGCAAGCUGAUAGAUUCUCGAAUUCAAAAGUUUCUGGAGAAUUACCUUGCAUCCAGUCACCAGAAAUCAUUGCCUGCURUUCCUGGAGGAUUAGGCCCUAUUCAGAGGGAGCUGGAAGAGGUCACUGCCAAAUAUGUUCGUCUGGUCAACUACAACAAAAUGGUCUUCAGCCCUUACUAUGAUGCAGUCCUUGGCAAAAUACUGACUAAGGAAGAAUCYCAAAUCAUAGGGAAGUCAGAAGAAUCAUAAAACCAGUCUGUGUGCUACCAAUACAGUAUUGUCAGCUAUUAAAUAAAAAAUUGUACCAAUAUUUGUCUAGGAAAACAGCUCUCCGUGUAAAUACUGGUUCCUUAUAACCCACCAGUGGUGAUUGAUGAGGGAAAUACAUGAGAUGCAAAAAGAGGUAAGAGAGAUGCAUUUCUAAUAUAAUUAUGCAACCUGGCGGGGGAUAUUGUGGUCGUUUUCUGGCUGCAAUUUUUAGAUUUUUGAGCUGCUGAUAAGUAGAGCAAGUGUAAGAACCAAACUUUAUAUUUAAGUGGCUCAUUUUAGGGCAUUUAACUCUUAAUUUACAGUGAAUUUAGUUUAAUUUAUCCAGAGCUGAUUAGCAAUGGUUCUUCCCAGAAGGGGUGAUUUGGUUUUUAUAAAAAUCUUAGUUUAAAGAAGUAAUACAGCUUAAAUUCUAGAGAAGAACUUUGACAAAACACCAAUCCGAACAGCACUUUACUGUAACAUUAUGGUUAGUAUGGUAGGCUUACUAGUUUUUUCUGCAUUUUACUGCAUUUUUAAUAGCAUUUUUUUGCUGUUUGCCUGCAGAUGUUACAAAACAUAAUAUAUUUUUGUAGCAAAUUUUCUGGUUAUUGGGUAACUGUCCUCUGCUAUGUACAGUACUCACAAAGGUGGCAAUCUUAUAGAUUGCAGCUGUAUUUAUAUCUUGUAAAGAUUUCAGAAGGGCAGAGCUAAAAUGUUUUGAUAAAAGUGGCAUUUCUUACCUUUUUUUUGCUAGUAGUUUACUCCUUUUUAGGUGAAAUACUGAUUUUAAAGUAAAUUGUCACUUCCAGAAGGUGGAUUUAAAGCAUGUGAAACUUUAGUUUGAAGAUUUUGGGUUUUUUAAAAACUACAACAGGAGAUGGUUGCAUAUUCAAUCAUGUCUUCAAAAAUAUCCAGGAAGUGCAGAGCAYUGUGGGCAGUAUAAGUGAUUUUAAUGUAUUGUGAGAGGUGAAUGGUUUGAUGUUAGUUUGAAUAUAUAGGGAAUAUUUUAGUARAUUUUUUCACUUGGUAGAGAUGUUCUUGAAACUUAGAGUAUUUGUAGGCCUUGAAUUUAAUUAGCUCCAUGUUGUAUAGAUGAGAAGAGCUCAGUGAUGUUACAUUGCAGUUUCAGGCUCAGCUGGGAGGUAACAGCAUCUGAAUGUUUUCCUCUAGUUGAGCACAACAGUGUAUUGCAGUAAUCAAUAUUUGAUGGUUUUAUGAAAGCAAAGUUUGCAGCUAUACACAGUAAGUGGCCCAAGUAUGASAUGGUCCAGACCAGAAUGUGCUGUCUUUAAAAAAAAAAAACCAACAAGGUAUGUAAAAUAAAUAAAGGGCCCCUUUUAUUGCCAACAGCCAGGUUAAUUUAGGAAUCAACCAAAGUGACAACUUCCAGAAGCAUUUGAUUAUGAACCACUGUUGAUGCUUCCCUUUCCAGUUUUCCUUUGAAUGUCAGURGGGAUAAAGCUGCACCACCUUUGUGUUUGGAAGGGGAUAGAAUAAAUAAGAUCUUUUCUCUAUAUUAGCCUAUGCAAUUCUAAACUAAAUCUUGUUUCAUUCAUUACAAACCCCCUUCCCCAAGGGAAAAACCURCAAAACUCUGUGAGGGUUCAUCAGCUCAGACAAGUGAUUUUUCUCUUGGCCAAAUGUACUCAGCCAGUAAAAUGAAUGUCUAUCUUUGAAUCCUUCUUUGAUAACUCAAAACUGAGUAGGUUGGUUAGCCAGAAAAAAAGGGUUCUGAGUAGGGUCUGUUUCCUUUUUUGGAUCAGCAAAGGAUACUACUGGGGUCUUCAAGGCUGCUGCCUCUGCUUCCUGGGCUUUGCUUUAGAGCAAAAACCCCCUCAGCAGUGUGUGUUGAACCAAGAGCCAUUACUGCUGGAGCUAGGAACAAGAGAAAUAACCAAGACACAGCUGUUUUCAGUUUUGUUAAAUGAGAGCUGCACAAGUUAGAAAUUGCUGCUGUUAUUUUAUCUUUUAGUAUCACCUAGGAGCUGCCUKUAGAGGUAAGUGCAGAGUUCUAAAGUUAGAUGGGUACAGGAUGAUCUUGAGGAUGAGGGGAGGAACUUCAUGGGAUG